CAUCGAUAGUAUCGAUAGUGCUCCGAUGUCUUGCCAGCACUGGCCACACUGCGAAAUAAAACCAACUCGUUCGGCUCGGCAAAAGUGUGAUUGUGCAAAAGAAUUUUAACGUCCAGCGAAAUCUCACCGUUGUUGUUGCGCCAUCAAAGUAAAGCAGAAGCAGAAGGCAAUGGCUCAAGAAGGACAAGAUAUUCCCACAUUCAAGUGCGUGCUGGUCGGCGAUGGCGGUACCGGAAAGACGACAUUCGUCAAGCGCCACAUGACCGGCGAGUUUGAGAAGAAAUAUGUGGCCACACUCGGCGUGGAGGUGCAUCCACUGAUCUUUCACACCAAUCGUGGCGCAAUCCGCUUCAACGUCUGGGAUACCGCUGGUCAGGAGAAGUUCGGAGGACUGCGCGACGGCUAUUACAUCCAGGGCCAGUGUGCCGUCAUCAUGUUCGAUGUUACAUCGCGUGUCACCUACAAGAAUGUGCCCAACUGGCAUCGCGAUCUCGUCCGCGUCUGCGAGAACAUACCGAUCGUUCUCUGUGGCAACAAAGUCGACAUUAAGGAUCGUAAAGUCAAAGCGAAGAGCAUCGUCUUCCAUCGCAAGAAGAAUCUGCAGUAUUACGAUAUUUCUGCCAAAUCGAACUACAACUUCGAGAAACCAUUCCUUUGGCUGGCGCGCAAGCUGGUGGGUGAUCCCAACCUGGAGUUCGUCGCGAUGCCAGCCCUGCUGCCGCCGGAGGUCAAGAUGGACAAGGAUUGGCAGCUGCAGAUCGAGCGUGACUUGCAGGAGGCCCAGGCGACCGCCCUGCCCGACGAGGAUGAGGAUCUAUAAGCGGCCUGUAUUUAUAGUUAACUUGGAAGCGAUGGAGCCGGCAAAACACACACACACACACACACAACACACACACAGCAACCAACUAGGUCUAGGAGAAGCAGCCUCCGCAGCAAGAACAGGAAGAGUAGUGGCAGCCACAGGAGAUUGUAAUUAAACUUGGUCGCUUAACUGCAAA